AUGGCUUUUGGAAGUUUCUUUUAUGAUGCUUGCAUCCCAAUUAAUGUUGUAAAUUCAAUUUAUCUUCAGCCUUUGGUGGAUGCUAUAGCUGCAAUUGGGCUUGGGUAUAAACACCCAAAUUAUCAUGCUUCGCGUGUCAAUUUGUUAAGAAAAGCUAAGAAGGAAGUGCAGCUUCUUGUUGAUAGUUACAAAAAGAUUUGGGAAAAUGUUGGAUGCACCUUAAUGGCUGAUGGUUGGACUGAUAAUUCACAUAGGUCAUUGAUCGAUUUUAUGGUGUAUUGUCCUAAGGGAGUUUGUUUUGUGAAAUUAGUUGAUGCUUCAAAUGUUGUGAAGGAUGCUGAAACAUUGUUGAAGAUGUUUGAGGAGGUGGCUUUAUGGAUUGGACCAAAUAGUAUUGUCCAUUUUGUCUCAAACAAUGGAUCCAAUGAUAAAGCUGCUGGAAGAAUGUUGUCUGAGAAAUACCCGAGUAUUACUUGGUCAUCCUGUGCAACACAUAGCAUAAACUUGGUAUUAAAAGACAUAGCUGAGAUGGAUCACAUAGUUUAUCUUGUGAGACGUGCUUCUGAGGUGACAAAGUUUAUAUAUAAUCAUACAUUUUUGAUAGCUUGGUUAAGGAAAAGACAGGGUUGGAAAGAAAUUGUUCGUCUAGGUGCAACCCAUUUUGCUACAACUUUCAUUGCAAUGAGAAGCAUUCAUGAGCAUAAACAUGACUUGCAAGCCAUGGUGACAGAGAGGUCAUUUGUCGAUUCUCGAUAUACAAAAAGUAAUAAAGGCAAAUAUGUUAUUGACAUAAUUCUGGAUAACGAUUUUUGGGAUGAUAUGGGUAAGAUAUCCAAAGUUGUGAGUCCAUUGAUGCGCUUGUUGAGGAUUGUUGACUCAGAUGAGAAGCCAACAAUAGGAUAUGUUUAUGAUGGCAUGUACGGAGCGAAAAAUGCAAUUAAGAAGUUGUUUAAGAAUAAAAAGAGAUUAUACAAGCCUUAUACACGAAUCAUUAAGUUACGUUGGGAUAGGACGUUGCAUCAUGAUAUCCAUGCUGCGGCUUAUUAUUUGAAUCCUGCCUUUAAAUAUGACGAAGAAUCUUUUUGCCUCAAGCUAGAAGUCAUGAGUGCUUUCCUUGAUACUAUUGACAGUAAAUCAAGUGCUUUCAAUUUGAACAAGACAAGGAAGUGUUACAAGAGAAUAAGUUUGGAUCCUAUUGAUUAUGAAAGUAUCGACAAAACUGAAGGUUGGAUAGUUGACGAUGAAGAGGAGGAGGAGGUCAGUGAACUUAAUUAUGAGGAGUUGGAACAAAUGUUAUAUGGAGAAGGAUCUAUUCCUACUGGAGUUGCUGAUCACCCUUCUUUUUAUGAUUCAACCGAUGGUUCAGAAGGUAAAGGAGGAAAGAGAGUCAAUCCAAAAUGUCACGUUUCUCUUGUGGUUUACUUGGCGAGAUCCGCUUCCCCUUCUCCAAUGGCAACCAUCCCAAGUGUGGGUUAUUCAUGGUAG